CUGACUCUGGUGCUGCUCCUGAGUUGGAUGACACACACCAUGGCAUCUCCCCCAGCAGCCAGCGCCCCUGGAGACAUCCUCAUCGGCGCGCUCUUCCCAAUCCACGCCAGAGCCAACGUUCCAACCACGUAUCAGCCAGACUUGAGCCAGCCCCAACCUGCGGUCUGCGUAGACUUGAAUACGGCUCGUGUCUCUGAAGCCUUGGUCAUGAUCCAGGCGGUGGAGGAGGCCAAUCGCUCCGAGGCACUCACAAAGCUGGGCAUCACGCUGGGCUACCACAUCCACGACUCCUGCUCCGACGUCACCACGGCCCUGCGGGCGUCCAAGGACUUCACGGAAGGCAUCAGCUCGACAAAAAGUGGCGCAAGCAACAGCAGUGGUGGCUGCCAGGCCUGUGGCAAUGGCUCUGUGUGCACCCAGUCAGUGGUGGCCGUGGUGGGAGCGUCCUUCUCGGAACUUUCCAUCGCUCUGGCACGGGUGCUCACCCUGGAGCUUAUCCCACAGAUCAGUUACUCAUCCACAGCCACCAUCCUGAGUGACAAGCUUCGUUUUCCUGCCUUCUUGAGGACCGUGCCCAAUGACAUGUACCAGACCCGCGCCAUGGCGAAGUUGCUAAGCGACAACCUCUGGAACUGGGUGGGCGUGAUCACGAUGGACGGCGACUACGGAAGCUCGGCACUAGAUAGCUUCGCCUCAGAGGCGGCACAAAAGGGCAUCUGCCUGGCCUUUAAGGAGAUUCUGCCCGAAUCAGUGAACGACCCCAAUGUGAACAGCUCUAUCCGCCAGGCAGUCCAAAGCAUCCGCAGCAACUGGAAGGCGAAGGUGAUUGUGUCCUUUGCCAAAGCGGAGUACAUGCGGCAGGUGUUUGAGGAGCUGCAGGGUGGUCCCGCCGAGGACAGAGUGUGGAUCGCCAGUGACAGUUGGUCCACCAACGGCAUCGAGCUGGCGCACAUUGAUUUCGGCUCCAUUGGGAAGGUCGUGGGGUUCACCUUCAAGAGCGGCAACAUUGCACCCUUCCAGCAGUACCUCAGGGAGCUGAGGAGAGAUGUGUAUAUGAGCGAGCACACAAACAUGCCAUUUAUGAGGAAGUUCUACCAGACCGUGGAUCCAGACAAGGCGACAGCCAUCCUGUUGAACAACACAGCCUCAGAUUCAGUCUUCAGCAUCCAGAUGGCCAUCAGCGCAAUAACCCAGGCCAUAGUGGACCGGUGUGCUAAAAGAAAUGACUGCAAGACUCCUGGAGCACUCAAGCCAUGGCAGCUGCUCGGUCCCCUAAAAAGAGCAACGUUUGAGAUGGAAGGAAAGAAAUACAGUUUUGAUAAAAACGGAGAUGUGAACCUGGGUUAUGACAUCACCAUCUGGAGGACCAGCAGAGGGUCCUUAGGUACCUUCGACGUGGUAGCCGAGUAUCACUCUGUCAACAACUCCAUUACCCCAACCAGCCGCGAGAUGCGAAGCCAGCUUCGCCUCUUCAAGGAUGUGGUGUCAAAGUGCUCCAACAGCUGUGAGCCAGGAGAGAUGAAGAAGAGUGUAGAGGGCCAACACACCUGCUGCUACGAGUGCAUCAACUGCACUGCAGACCAUUACUCCAAUGACACGGAUGCGGACCAGUGCCUGAGUUGUAAGGCUAGCAUAGAGUGGGCCCCAGUCAGAAGCACGUCCUGCAGACUGAAGACCCUGGAGCUGCUGGACUGGAGAGACGGCUUUGCCAUCGUGCUGCUGACCUUGGCCGCGCUGGGCGUCAUCAUGGCGCUGGUCAUAGGCGUGCUGUUCCUGUGGCAACGGAACACGCCUGUGGUGAGGGCGGCGGGGGGUCCGCUGUGCCAGAUCAUCCUCCUGUCCUUGACAGGGAGCUACGUCAGCGUGGUGUUCUUCGUGGGACAUCCGAGCAGCGUCAAGUGCAAGAUCCGUCAGGUGCUGUUUGGUCUGAGCUUCACCCUGUGCGUGUCCUGCAUCCUGGUCAAGUCCCUGAAGAUUCUGCUGGCCUUCAACUUCAACCCAUCGCUGCAGGAGAUGCUGCGGCGCAUCUACAAGCCUUACGCCAUCGUGGUGGCCUGCAUGGCCGUCCAGGUGCUGGUCUGCACCGUCUGGCUGGUGCUCCGCAGUCCUUUCCCCGUGCGCAGGCCCUUUGACUCCACCUCGAUGCUGGCUGAGUGCGACGAGGGCUCGUACGUGGCGUUUGGCGUCAUGCUGGCCUAUAUUGCCGUGCUGGCGCUCGUGUGCUUCGGCUUCGCCUUCAAGGGACGGAAGCUUCCGGAGAGCUACAACGAGGCCAAGUUCAUCACCUUCGGCAUGCUCAUCUACCUCAUCUCCUGGGUGAUCUUCAUCCCCGUGUACGUGACCACCCAGGGGAAGUACCUGCCCGCUGUGGAGAUGGUGGUCAUCCUCCUCUCCAACUACGGCAUCCUCUGUUGUCACUUCCUGCCCAAGUGCUACAUCAUCCUCUUCAAGAAGGAGCACAACACCAAGGACGCCUUUCUGCGGAACGUCUACGAGUACUCACAGAGGUCCAGCAGCUCGCUCGGUGGCUCCACAUCCCUGGGCACGGAGGAGAAAACAAACAGUCAGGCUUUCACCAUUAGCAGGAUGUCUAUUUACCUGCCCUCAGCAUCUACAGAUACUGUGAGUACAGAAGCCACGGUCUCACAGUCCACUCAGGGUCAAGUGCCGAAGCCACGUCUGAGGAGGACAUUCAGCAUAUGAUGGAAUUAUUAGAACUUUUACAAGCCUUAUUCUUUUCCGUACCUCCUAAUCAAAUAUCAGAAAGCACUUUGAGAUAUAUAUCAAGGCUUUUUUACUCUGAUUUUGACUAUUUUUGGG